CUUUAUGCACGAAGUGACAUUGAAUGUUCGAUCAAUUCUUCUGAAUUCCUCAAAUUCCGUGUGUAUAGUAAAUUAGAAUUACAUUGAAAGUUUUAGUUCAAAAUUAGUAAUAAGAAAACAAAUAUGUCGUUGUUUGGUGAUAUAGUACCUAAGAAUGAAGAGAAAAAUAAUCAGGCUACGGCUAGCCUAUCUCCCUAUUUGAACUUCGAUCCACAUUACAUCCCUAGAAUGCAACCAGAAUUCCUUUACCCAGACGAUAGACAUAUGGCAUCAACAGCUAGAAGAUCGAACGUUGCUCUCCCCAUUAUUGGGAUGUCCUUCAUGACUGGUUCAGGUCUUGGAGGUAUGUCUGGCCUAUAUAAAGGUUUGAGAGCAACUACACUAGCUGGACAAACUGGAAAAGUUCGACGAACCCAAGUUGUUAACUACAUCAUGAAACAAGGUACAACGACAGGCUGCACUUUAGGUAUCAUCGCAUCCUUCUAUUCCUGCAUAGCUCUUGGCGUCACGUGGCUGCGGGAUAAAGAGGACACCGCCAACACAUUCAUAGCAGCAGCCACUACUGGCGUCAUAUACAAAAGCACGGCAGGCUUGCGAUCUAUGGGCUUAGGCGCCGCGGUGGGCCUCACAUUAGCCGGAGUUUACACACUCGUCACAGACAAUGAUAAUAUAUGGAGCAAAGCGCGAUACAACCGAUUGUGAUUCAAAUACCGCCUAUUUUGUAAAUAUUAAUUGUUACUUUAGUAUCAGCACCAAAGGGUCCAUCAGACGACGAGCUUACUCAGGCCAUGUUCGCGUCGGAUGGUUAGUGCAAUGUUAUUCUGCAAGGUCGUAAUCCCCGUACCUAGCAGGAGUAUAUGCCGUUAUUAAAUAAAACGAUUUGUUUGGAAAA